AUGUCGGAUUCGCAUAUAAAGACUCGCUUUCUCAUCCUCUCAGAUACACACGGCAUGAAGUUCUCGUCUGGAAAUUACCAUCGUCAUCACGUGGACGUUGCCAUCCACUGCGGCGACCUGACAGAAGAGUCCAAAAUCGCCGAAUUUCAAACUUCUCUCAACCUCCUAAAAAACAUCAACGCCUCUCUUAAGCUUGUUAUUGCCGGGAAUCAUGAUUUUACCUUAGACGUGCCGAUAUUUAAAAGGAAAGUUGCCGAAGCUGAGCCGUCUUUGGAGCCACACUUAGUGGCAAAAGAGUACGGUAAAUUUGGGGAAGCAAGAGAGCUAUUCGAAAAGGAAGAAGCAGAGAAUGCAGGGAUCGUAUUUCUGGAUGAGGGUACUCAUCGAUUUAUUCUCAAAAACGGCGCCGCACUAACGGUUUACGCCAGCUCAUAUACACCGUCACUUGGCGAUUGGGGGUUCCAUUAUCAUCCGGAAGAGGGACACCAAUUUCCUAUACAAAAGGGGACGGAUAUAGUCAUUACCCACGGUCCUCCGAAAGGAGUCAUGGAUUUCACGCAUUCCCGGGAAAGAGCUGGCUGUCCAGACUUGUUCGCAGCCGUUGCCAGAACUUGUCCAAGGUUGCACUGCUUUGGUCACAUCCACGAAGGCUGGGGAGCAAGAAUAGUGACCUGGAGAGAGAAGAUAAGUAACGUCCCUUCCUAUUUCACAGAUAUAGAUAACACCAAGUCUGUUGUUAUCGAAACCUUGAAGAGAUUCCGGCAGUCCAAAGCCGACGAGGACAAGACGGAAGCGGCCUCGAAGAAGUCAAAUGAGACCAAAUUAUGCGCCGAGGGAAUAUUUCGCUAUGUAAGUCAUUGUACUGGAGACGAGAAUAAGCUUUUGGAAGAAAGGCAGACUCUCUUCAUCAAUGCGGCAAUUCAAGGCGACGAAGAACACCCGAUUCAGCUUCCGUGGCUGGUGGACAUUGAGCUCGAUAAGGCGAAUGCUUGCAAUCAAGUAAGAAAAGGAGGUGAAGUUUGAAGAGCUGGGAAGGAGUUAUGUAUGAUGGCUCGCUCCAAAGAUAAAUGAACUUUUAUGACGGAUAUUUUAGCGGUCCCACUACCGGACUAUGGAAGAAUACAGUAUGAAUUACACCAUCAGAAUGGUCAGAAUACGGUCCGGUACUCGGUACUCCAUUUUUUUUUCGGUCUCUUAAUUUUUUCAAAUACAUCAUCGCAUCGUAGUCGUACUCCUCCUUGCCCUAACACCAAGCAAAAUAACCACCUUGUGUGUCAGAGGCGAUGUUAUAAGUCCCGUCCACCCAGUCCAAUCCACCACCGGGUUUAGGAAAGGGUUUGGUUAAUCUAUCAUGGGGUGAACUGGCAGACUAGCAGCAUUGUCAAUAAUUCUAUCUACUUCGUCUUAUUACUUCAUUUGACAUUGGGAAUUUAUGUAUAAGGGCUCGUCUUUAAAGUGCUAUAUGUGCUUCCUUCGCCUUCGCCUAUAUUACUUACCUUCCCA